UAGACGGUCGUGUCCAGUGCAUGUGUUGAUUCACACGACAUGAAUAGGUCUUGUGUGCAUUAGCGAUUUUUAAGGUUAGCUUCAGCAUUGAUCUACAGAUUUACUGUGUGUGUCGCAAACGGGAGGCACAGAAGCAACACAUCUCCGAGGAACAUGGACGCCACGUCAACUGCUGCGGUCAUCUGCUGGCUAGUGAUGAGUAUUGCUGGCGGGUGUAUUUGUGGAAGAUCGUUUUAUCGCAGGAUUGAAAGUCUUGACAACAUGGAAGUUACGGCAUCAGCAUCUACCACCCAAACCAUCAUUUCCAGCCUUGGCCAGUGUGCACGUCUUUGUCGCCAACAAGACUGCGUGUAUCUCAGACAUGAAGGCGACGUUUGCAGUUUGUAUGACGUUCUCGUCACCGUCAGUUCAUCGCCCGCUCAUGGCGCAAUCUACUAUCGCGAAACUUGUCCUACUGGAUUGGGCUACGUUUUUGCGGAGUCUGCCAACCUUUGCUUCAAAGUCAGCCCUGCAUCUGAUACUAAAGACUGGGAAGAGAGCUUGAAUGCAUGUCGUGACGAUGGUGGUCGCCUCGCGGUCAUCGACACUGAUGCCAGGCACAUAUUUUUCAAAACCCAUCUCAGCGACGGAGGGGUUGGUACCGACACUGUGUGGGUCGGCAUGAACAAGUCAACCACCAGCGGCCCCUUCAGAUGGUUAACGGGAUCAACACACACCACUCAGUGGGACGCUGUCGAGCCUGAUUACGUAUCCUAUCAGAACUGCGUGUACCUGUAUUACAAAAAUCUUGUUGAUACGGAAUGCAACAGCCAGAGACGCAGACUGUGCGAGUUUGUUCUGUAAUAGUUCGCUGUAUUCGGACACCUGCUCAGGGGUACAUUGUCACAAGACAUUGUUCCCUCCAGAGAAAUUCAAUAUGGGGUUCAUGAUCAAUAACAUAGAUAAUACUUAGAACAUACAUACAAAAUCGAUUUGAUGUGAAGAUUGCUCACUCUGAAGCAUCAGCAAACAAAAUGCUGCUUUCUGCAAUUCCUUAUUUUUAGGUACCAGGUAUUCCCGUGUCUGUUUAGAUGAACAUUUGACUUUCUCAAACAUGUAUUUGUGAUAUUUCCACGGAUACCUGGUGUGAUCAGUAAUUGCGUGUGAUAAAGCCGGUCCUCCAACACUUUCAGCAGAUAUUCCUCACGUUUAUGGAAAAUGAGUUGCCACUAUAGUCAGCAUUUCUUUUUUGAACUCGAAACCAUUUUAUUUUGAAGUCUUGACACAUAACCAAAAUAUCCUCGAUGGAGAGAGUGUUACAGAUUUUGUUUGCUCCAAUGUAUGUUGUCAACAAUGAAAUCCGUGUAUGGUGUCGCGUGUCUGCAGCAUAUAACCAUGAUUGCAACAGCAAUGAGCAGGACAUGAAUUGAACACAUUGCAUCUCUAUGUUACAACAAACAGAAACAUCUCAGAACAACAUGAAAACAUUAUCACUAAGUGUAUCUCAUUUGUAUGUGUCAAUUAAAUUUUGGAAUAAAACACGGUUUCAUUGAGAGAGUAGGGUAUUCCGUCGCUGUCUCCCUCCAAUACCGCCAUGGGGGACUCCAGACAUGGCUAUUUCCUCACACGGGAUGACCUCACCCUCUCUAAAAGACAUUCGCCUGGUUCCUCUUGUCUUUGGGUCACUGUAUGCCUCUAUAGCAUCGGGUAGGAUGUUAGAGUUUAGCAGUAAGGUAAGCCACAACAAAUGGAUUAUCAUAAGCUGCCAAGUCCAUGUUUUGCAACACGGUCUUAAAAUUAAACGACUGGGCGCGGUUGUGUUCGUUUUGAAAAGGUAAUUGGUAGUGAUUAAUGAUGUCUGAUUUUUGUCUGAGAAUGGUUCUGACGUUUCCAUCAUCAGUUUGCUUGUUGGCAAAUUUUAAACUG